UCUACUAGCUUGUCCUGUACCCCACUUCCGGGAAAGAUCCAUGUUUUAUAAUAAGAAUUCUUUCAUGAAUUCUUAAAAAUGAGGCACAUAUAAGAACGUCAGAACGGAUUAGAACGAUAGCUGACUGUUAACGCGUGUAUUUAGCGUGUGGGCGCAAAUUUUGAGGCACAUCCCUUGCCCCACUUCCGGUAACGUGACACUUCACGUGACUGAACUGCAGCUUUCAUCUUUGCUUUGGAUGGGCUGGUGCUGUGUGUGAUCAGGAUCUGCAGAUAAUCUAGAAAUGUCCUCUCAAGGUUUUCAAACCAUCGUAAAGGGGGAAGCUUCAGAGACUGAUGAUGAAGAAGAGAUGUAUGUGACAUCCGUCCCACCGAAGUCAUUUUCUGGUACAUGUGGUGUAAAGAUUCAAGGAGAAGCCUCAGAAACUGAUGAAGAGGAUGAUGAAAGUGUUGAGAAAUAUAAGAUUCCUUCCAAGAGAUUAGAGAAGGACCUUCCUCCUCUAGUGGUCAUCAGGAAUGAAGGUGAAAGUUCCCCAGUCGGCUGUGAAGAGAAGCCGAUGGUGAAUAUACAGCAGCCAGGACGCUACAGCACGUUAUUACAACACAAACUCUUGGAAAGCAAUGCUCGGCUUUACCAUGAUGUCAACAACGCCAUCCGUCAAGUCUACCAUACGACCACUAGUGAGAUCCGUGCACUGACCAGUCAACUCAACAACUCCCAGAACGGGAUUAUUAAUGCCUCUCACAACAUCCGACUUGCCCUUGAGGACUUGAAAAGGGUGUCUGAAAAGAUUGACAUAAUAACCAGCUGUAACUUACUUCCUGAUAUCAGGAUCUAAAUAGACUUCUGCAUUGAAACAAUCUCUUAAUGUCCACCCUCAUGCCUGGGUGCUCAUACUUAAAGGGGAUCUCUAUGCAUGUAGGUCAUCCUGAUGGUCACCUCUGUAGUGCAGCUUUCAGAAUUAACUGAAUUGUAGAAACCAGUGUACAAAUCUAAUAGCAGCUAUAGCCAUAUGACGGAAGCUGCAGUACUGGUAAGAGAUCUCUUCAGGAGUCUUAUCAUUGGAAACUUUUUACACUUUAGUUCUUCAUUCUUAAAGGGGUACUCCGCUGCUCAGCGCUUGGAACAAACUGUUCCGAACGCUGGAGCCGAGAGCUUGUGAUGUCAUAGCCCCGCCCCCUCAUGACAUCACACUCAACCCCCCCCCUCAAUGCAAGUCUAUAGGAGGGGGCGUGAUGGCUGUCACGACCCCUCCUAUAGAUUUGCAUUGAGGGGGCGGGGUGUGAUGUCAUGAGGGGGCGGGACUAUGAUGUCUCGAGCUCCUGGCUCCAGCAUUCCCAACAAUUUGUUCCAAACGCUAAGCAGAUGGUCAAAUAUGCUACCCAAAUGAAUGUUUUAAGUUAGCUAUACACAUUGGAUUAAUGUUGGCUGAGCCUACCAAUUUUGGUGGGACAUCUGAUGAGUAUGGAGGCCUCCUGACAUCAAAUGUUGAGGAUAGAAGUUGUCUUAAAGGACAUGGCCAGAGGAGUUUGGCAGUAACUUUCUCCCCUAUUCUAUGUGAAGUGUAAGGACAAGUCUUAGAAAUAAAAUGUCCCAGCAAUUUGUUAUCAUCUCCUCGGGCAACUGCCCAUUCAUGCUGCUCUUUACUAUGGCUAUGGUUCAUAGUGUGGGUUCAGAGACCAAAUGUUCUAUCUAUAGAACAUCUAUACACCACAAUAAGACAUCUGAACAAGGGUUGUCCUUAAAGGAAAUCUGUCACCAGUGUCACCUGCACUAACCUGUCAGUACCGACAGGUAGUGCAGGUGACACUGAUGACAACGGUACUCACCCUGUCCCGGUCCGUGGUGGGGAUCUCUGGUAAUCUUCUCCGGUAUCUUUGCUCCGGGCACCGAUUUGGGGCAGGGGCGGAGCUUAAUGACGUAACCGCUGCUGUUACCAUGACCUGGGACCCAGCAGGGAGCAGCAGUGGUGACGUCACUAAGCUCCGCCCAAGCCGCUGCUGCUUUCUGCAGGGUGCCGGGCAGCAGCGGUUAUAUUAUUAAGCUCCGCCCAUGCCCAAAGCCGGUGCCCGGAGCGAGGAUACCGGAGAAGAUUACAGAAGAACCCCGUCACGGACCGGGACAAGGUGAGUACCGUUGUCAUCAGUGUCACCUGCACUACCUGUCAGUACUGACAGGUUAGUGCAGGUGACACUGGUGACAGAUUUCCUUUUAAAGAGUACCUCUCUUGAUCUUGUUAAAUGUUAUAAUCCUCCCAGUUCACUGCCCCCAUUAUGAUAAACCAGCCCCUGCCUUUAUUUUUAUUAUUGUUUAGUUUUCUACCUCAAUGUUGCUCUGUAUUUUCUGCUCAAUUUUAGUCAGAUUCACAGACUGGGAAAGGGUUUUUCCGAGCAGGCGUGACAUCAUCUGAAGCCAUACAGGAACCACCUCCCUCACUCAUACAGCCCAGAGCAGUUUAGUGUGCGAGAUGGGCUAUCAUUGGCUAAGGCUGCACCCCCCCAUCCUCAGCACUCCAGAUUACAUUUCCUGGACAUGCUCUGGACAAGUAGGGAGACACCUAGUGACAGUUUUUUUAAACACAAAACAUAGAAAACUUCAUUUUUUUUU